CCAAGAGUGAGAGUUCCAGUGAGAGUGAGACAUCGGAAACCUCAGAGUCCAGUGAAUCUGCCGGCGAAGAAGGUCAGUUCUUCUCCCUUGCUAAAUCUCGAUCAGUUAAGAAAUCUAAGUCAGGCCUGAACAAGCUCACUGAGAAAAAUGAAACGUCGAAAACUACAGGAAUUAGGAGACAGGACAAGUCCAGAUGGUAAGGAACAUGUAUCAAGAACAAACUCAGGUGCUGAUAAUUCAGGAUUUCCAUAUAAUAAGACCGGCAAUGCUGCAGUGUCCAACAAGUCCGUAUCUGAAUUGGGGACAUUUGAAUGGCCAAGCGGGAGUCCAUGUGCCUCUCGUGCAAACAUCUACGGACAUUCACCUUACACAGACAAUACUGAGAAUGACGCUCAAGACACAUCAAAGAACGACGAGAGUAAUGCCUUGGGUACCUUUGAGUGGGGAAGUGGCAGUCCAGAACUACACACGAAGACAGAUGAUACAGCUGAUAAAGACCUGGGUACUUUCGAAUGGCCUUCAGGAAGUCCAGAAUUGAGCCGUCGUAAAGUAACACAAGUAGAAGAACAGGAUGGUUCUGACUGGAAUAUUAGUACAAGUCCCACAUUCCCAAGGAGAACGAAAUUAAUGAAUAGAUACGAUACCGAAACAGAAACCGAGACAGAACUCAAUUUAUCGGACGAAACAGACGAAGAGAUCUCCAAAAUGCCAAGUGUCGCCGAAGAGACGGAAGACGACUUCAAUUUCGAAUGGCCGAGCAGUCCGGUGCUCGGCCAGCGCCGGGCCUUCGGGUCAGACUACGACACGCAGAACGAAAAUGAGACGUUUGAGUGGCCAAGCAGCCCGGACCUGCCGGUGAUGAAAAAUCCACUGUUCAUCAGUUUCACCGAAGACAUAGACCAAAUUCUCAGUAAUGACGUAGAAGACAAUUUUGCUGAGAUGGAAAGAUUAUUGGGUUACUCCCCCCCGCCAACGGAAGAGGAAGGAGAUGAGACGAAGAGCACCUCAAGCAAGGUCAGCAGCGGUGCUUUAGACUCAAAAGCGUCGACGGAGGGAGGCACAGGGGAGGAGGAAGAGGAGGAAGAAGAAGAGGAGGAGAAUGAAGCAGAAAACGAAACCAAAGUUGAGGAGAAGAAGGAAUUGCUGAAGGAUCGGGCGAGAAAGAAUUUGUCACUUUUCAUAGGAAAACUAACAAACAUCGAUGAGAUUCUGGGGUCAGUCCUGAAGCCCUUGACGUCAUCCAAGAAGAAGGAAGCCUCAGAUAAUGACGGUCAGCACCGCAAGAAAGUUGUUAAAGUUCCCAAGAAAAUUGACUUCAAGAAUCUUCGGGAUUCGAGUGUGGAGGAGAUCGAUGCCGCCGACGUGAAGGUGCACGACGCCAAGGCCAACCGGGCGGAGAUCGACGAGAACAUCGAGGAAAUCGACGCUUCGGCUGUGAUCAUCCGACAAAAGGAGAAACGAGAAGCUCUCCGCGCCGAAAUCAUCAGCGCUGUCAAAGCAGGGUUGGACGACGCUACUUUGCAAGUGUACCGCGACGGGGACUACGGCACUUACUUGGACCUCGAGUCUUCGCUGGCAGAGCAAGCCGAGGACAUCGACGGCCUCACUGACAGUAAAAAGAAUGCCAUUAUUCUUCGAACUCAACUGUCUGUCCGUGUCCAUGCCAUCAUCGAAAAACUGCUCAAUUCCGAGGGCCGAGAGCUGCGCCGCGCCCUCUUCUCCCUCAAGCAGAUCUUCCAGGACGACAAGGACCUCGUUCACGCCUUCGUUCAGAAUGAUGGCCUCACUUGUCUCAUCAAGGUUGGAUCCUCGGCCGACCAGAAUUACCAGAACUACAUUCUCAGAGCUCUCGGUCAGGUGAUGCUUUACGUUGAUGGCAUGAACGGCGUCAUGGAACACCAGGAGACCAUCCAGUGGCUGUACUCGCUGAUCUCCUCCAAGUACCGCCUCGUGGUGAAGACGGCUCUCAAGCUCCUCCUCGUCUUUGUGGAGUACACGGAGUCCAACGCGCUCAAGCUGAUCACUGCCAUUGAGACUGUUGACGCAUCCAGAGGUGACCCCCCAUGGUCUACCAUCAUGCGGCUUCUGGAGGGCCGCGACAGCUUGGACAUGGAGCUGUUGACUUACGCCAUGACGCUCGUCAACAAGACGCUGAAUGGCAUCCCAGACCAAGACACUUACUACGACCACACCGACUUCCUGGAGGAACAGGGCAUGGAAACACUCAUCGAGAAAUACAUGCACCGUCCAGAUAGUGAUUUGGACUUGUUGCAGCAGUUCACUAUUUAUGAAGCAGUUUUAUCAUAUGAGGAUGGUGAUGAUGAAUGCCGCACUCGCACUAUUGAUCCAACUAUCAGACAAGUCCCAAGAAUAUCAUCUACAGAUAGAGAUUCCAUUGAUCGCCGCAAGUCUCGAAGACACCAUCAAUCUCCUUCACCAACUAAAAUGAAAAAGUUAGGAGUCAACUUGGGAGACAGCGGUGGCAGACAGUCCAGCAGUGAUGAGGACCAUGUGACUAUUAUCAACAUCAAUGGUGAAUCCUUUGGUAUACCCCAGGAUGAUCUUAGUAAUGUUAAGCAUGCAGAUGCAGGAGUCACACCUGCAUUGCGUCGACGUCGUGAGCGAGCUGAGCGCCAUAGAACCUUCAUCAACGAGCAGGAAAUCAUCAAUGAAAGUCGCCGUGGCUCUCAAUCAUCUGACAAUGUGGAAGAUGAAAAUCGCAAGAACAUCGAACUGUCUGGUCUCAACAAGCAGGCUUCUUGGAUGAUGGACAUGAUGUAUGCCAAACGUGAAGAAGAUGGCACAGGUCGUAGGGAAUCUCUAACCAAUAUACAGGACAUUGCCUCAAGAAUCUCUAGCCUUCAAGACAAAGAGAAUGUUGAUAAUAAUAUGCGUAUGCCUAUUGAGAUCAAUUCAGGGGCAUCAGUUAAGGAACUACAAGAUAAGAUGAUGAAUACUAGUUCAGGUCAACUCGCUGAUGGAGAAAAAUCUGGGCGAAAGGGUGACAUUAGUGAUCGUAUCAACAAAAUCAAGGAUGGUCUCUCUAAGUCACAUUCCAAGGGAGAGAUAAAAGACAGUCCCAUUCCAGUACCAGAACCACCAAAGAAGUCAGAAAAUGACAUACAGUGGGAGCUUUUGAUGAAGCAUCUGAACAGACCUUUGCAACUCUGUGAUCUUGAUUUCUCUGACUUAAAUGCUCAGGAUGAUCAGGUGAUGCUGGAGAGCAAUAAACCAGGAUGUCCGCCACCUCCACCUCUACCUGGUGGAGCACAGCCUGCAGGUCCACCACCACCACCACCUCCUGCUGGGCCACCUCCUCCUCCUCCACCUGCUGGAGGACCUCCACCACCACCACCGGCACCUUUAAAGCGGCCAGGUCCUCCUCCAGCUCCAGCAGCACCUCAAGAUGGUGAUGCUCCACCACCACCACCACCUCCUCAGAAUGGUGUUGAUGGUCAGCAGGAUGAGGCAAACAAGCCACACAAGACAAAGAAAACCAUUAAACUUUUCUGGAAGGAGGUGCGAGAUCCAAGAAUACCUGAGGCUACUAUAUGGGACAAGAUGGAAGACAUUCCAGUUGAUACACAAAAGCUUGAGCAUCUCUUUGAAUCCAGAGCAAAGGACCUUAUAGCAAAGAAACAACAAGAGCAAAAGGGCAUAAAGGAAAUUGUGGUGCUGGACCCCAAAAGAUCUAACGUCAUUAAUAUUGGUAUGACUAAGCUACCACCACCACGCACAAUCAAGACAGCGAUUUUGAAAAUGGACUCCUCAAUCAUCAAUCGUGAAGGCAUUGAGAAACUCCUUACAACCAUGUUACCAACACCAGAAGAAAAGCAGAAGAUUCAGGAGGCUGCAAUAUGCAAUCCAGAGUUACCUUUAGGUUCAGCUGAACAGUUCCUUAUGAUGCUGUCAUCUAUAUCAGAGCUCCCAGCUAGAUUAAAGCUUUGGAUUUUCAAAUUAGAUUAUGACAAUAUGGAGAAGGAAGUGGCUGAACCUCUGAUGGAUGUAAAGCAAGGCACAGAGGACCUUAUGAAGAAUCACACCUUCAAAACAAUUUUAGCUGUCCUCAGAGCCAUUGGUAACUUCCUGAAUGGCACAGAAUGCAGAGGCUUCCACAUUGAUUACCUGUCUAAAGUUCCUGAGGUUAAGGAUACUGUCCACAAACAUUCUCUCUUGCACCAUCUGUGUCACAUGGUUAUUGAGAAAUAUCCAGACACAUCUGAUCUCUAUUCAGAGAUUGGUUCUAUAACCCGUGCUUCUAAGGUUGACUUUGAAGAACUAGCAAAGAAUAUUGUCAAAAUGGAAAUAGAGUGCAAAUCGUCAUGGGACCAUCUAAAAGCCAUAGCUAAGCAUGAUGGGCCAACGCAAAUAAAGCUGAAAAUGUCAGAGUUCUUGGCUGACUGUGCAGAGAGAAUUAUUGUUUUGGGCAUUAUCUAUCGUCGUGUGAUGACCAGGUUCAGGCGGUUCCUCCUAUGGCUUGGUUUCCCACAACAUGUAUCUCAGGAAAUUAAAGUGCAGGAAGUGUGCUCAACCGUUAGUGAAUUCGCCCUUGAGUAUAGAACCUGCAGAGAACGGGUGAUACAACAGAUACAGAAGAAGGCAAACCACCGAGAGAGGAACAAGACUCGUGGCAAGAUGAUUAUGGAGGAGAUAGAGCACCGAGGCUCCCAUAAGCCCUGUCUCAAGAGUCGCUCGAUGGAAAAGUUCAAGAGACCCAAACAGACAAAGGAGGAGAAAGCAGACUCAGACCUCAGGCAGCUUCUUAACUACUCUGAUGUAUCUGACACUGAAACUAUUCGUGGAAAGAGCACGUGGAGAAGGACUAGAGAAGGUAAAGCACGUAGUCGAGGUGAAGAGGCAAUGGCAGAGAUGAUGGGAGAAGGUGAUGAUGCCUUGCUUGAUUCUCUAGUGAAGACAGCUACACAAGGUCCCUCAUCUAGAACUACACCUCGGGAACGCAAGCGGUCUCGACAUGCUGACCGCAAGUCUUUCCCAGCAGCAAAUGGUCCACGACGAUCUAGAUCAAGAAAAGGUGUGCCAGACUUGUCCCACCUGGAGGCUUUGGUACUUCCCAAAUAAGAACUCCUUCGCCACCAGCCACUACCCUGGGGACACCUCGCUGCUAAAAUCUCUUGCGGCGCACCCUGAAAAAUGGACUUACAGAAGAGGAAAAACGUCUCCUUGCAAUGAUUGCCGCACAGACCCGUUGAAGCCCCAGCAAACAAGUCUUUCCAUACCAAUCAUCACCCACUCCUGCUAUUCUCAUUCUCUGGGACUUUCAUGAUAUAACAUGGGCUCGUUCUAGAGUCUUACAUAGUAUUAGCAGAUGUUUAUGUUUAUUCUUUAGGCUGACAUCAUAAAUAUAUAGUGUUAUGUUGGUGAUAUGAUCUAGUCAGUCAGGAGUAGUGAAAAACAUCUCCAGGGUCGUCGUUCUGAUAGCUGCAUCAUGGUCAUUUUCAAUAAGUAUAUUUUAGCUUCAAACAAAUGAUCCAUGCAUACCAAUGUCCAUAUUUCACUAGCCUGUUUUCAAAAUGCAAUUCUCAAUUGCCUAACUCCUAAUAAUGUAGGAACCUCAGACUGCUGCACUUAUAAAGAUUCUUGUAGGGUGAUUAAGGGAGUCCCUGCAAAAUUUAUGAACUACCUUUGUCUUUUCUUAUUUCCAGCAGCUUUUUCUUUUCUUUUCAAGAUACUGUUUAGGUUGCAAAUGAAUUUUUAAUAUCCUAUGUAUGGCAAGUAUUUUUUCAUAUUUAGGAGUUUUAGAAGAUAAUUUAAUCUGCUGUGAUGUCCUGUUGAAAAUAUUGGCUAAUGCCUUCUUUGUAAAUAGUCCUGCAUCAAGUUGUAAAGAGUGCUGUUGCCCUGUGCAGGCUUGUGCCAUGAGAUGUGUAUGCUUCUUGAAGUAUGUAAGGGAAUAUCCCCCAAAAUUUCAGUUCAGUGGACAUCACGCCUUGUAAAGACACUGUCCCCUCAUGAACAUGUCUCUUUUUAUCAUUCUUUCAAGAGGAUCUGGUUCUUUAAUUGUAAUAUUUUUGGUGAUUCACCUAAGGUCACAAACACAUCUUCAUGCUGGUCAUAGAUGACUAACAAAUUGGAAUAUUUUGGACAUGGUCUUUGCAAUUCCUAAAUAUACACAAGCUUUACUCAAAAUUAUAACAAAAUUAGACUGCAUUAUCAUGCCCAGUUUUCAAUUUGUAAGUUUUAAUGUGUCCUAUUUGUAGCGCCCACACAUAUCCCAACUGCAUAGAUGCUUAAACUGCAUACAUGUUUAAAGAGACUGUUAUUUCAGUAUACAUUUUCUCUGUCUUACAGGAAUACUCAUUUGGUAUCCUGUGUAGAUUAGCUUCAAAUAUUUUCCAGUUAUGACCUGAAGGGCAGAGAAGCAAUUAAUACUCACUGUUUGUAGAAAUAUUGUCCUACUGUAGAUGAGGCAUAUGUGGGUUGUUGCAUGGGGGUUCGCCUUUACUGGAUGAUUAUUGAUUUAAGAUGCAUUAUCAUAAUGCAGUAAGUCAGGUUUAAAUAUAUUAUGACAUUUUAAUGUUACUUUUGAGAUUUUGAUACUCAAAAUAGUGCUUCAUGAAAUUUAAAUAAAAAAAAAAGGCUG